UUCAUACUCAAACACACAUGGAUGCUGAUUUUGUAAAAAUAGUCUUUGUCAGUAGCUUAAUAAUGCUAUUGCUCUUUGGAAAAUAUAUAGGCUCUGAAAAACCACAAGUCCCAUGUUAUUUUAUAUUUGGAGACUCGCUUGUUGAUAAUGGUAAUAACAAUCAUCUCGAGAGUAAUUGGAAAGCCAAUUAUCCACCUUAUGGGGUCGAUUUUCCUAAAGGUUAUACUGGCAGGUUCACCAAUGGCAAAACCUCUGCAGACAUCAUUGGUCAAUCUCUUGGGUUUGAUGAGUUCAUUCCUUCGUAUGCUACUGCAACCAAUGACCAGUUCGGCAAAGGCGUAAACUACGCUAGUGGUGGUGCUGGUAUUCGAGAUGAAUCUGGAAGUCAUAAUGGUGACAUAAUCUGCUUGGAUCGGCAGCUGCGUAAUCACAAAUCAACAGUUUCGAGCCUUAGGCGCAGUACAAAGAACACAACAUUCCUAAAAGAAUGCAUUUAUCUGAUAAAUAUCGGUAACAAUGACUACAUAAACAACUACUUAAUGCCAGGAAAACAUUACAACUCAGGACUGAUAUAUUCAAAAGAUGAAUACGCUGAAGUCCUAAUGAAGCAAUACCAUCACCAGCUAAGGGCUUUGUAUAACUUGGGAGGUAGGAAGAUUGCUACGUUCGGUUUGACACAUAUAGGUUGCACCCCGUUUAUGGUAAAAAAGUUUUCGACUAAAGGGAAACCAUGCGUAAAUUGGAUCAAUGAUGUUAUAGAUGCAUUUAACAAUAGGCUUAAAUCUCUUAUUAUUAAGCUCAAUAAAGAUAAACCAGAUGCAAGAUUCACUUUCAUCAACACUGCAGGCAUUUUAUUUCCACAAGGAGCGGUGUCACUGCGAACUCCUGUUUGUUGUCAGCUAACCGGAGAUUGGGCAUGCACUUUGAACUCAAAUCCUUGCCCUGUUCGGUCAUUAACUACUUUCUUUGAUGCACUCCAUCCUACCGAAGUUUCCAAUAUGAUGAUAGCAACAAGAUCAUAUAAAGCGGUUUUACCCACGGAUGCUUACCCUUAUGAUAUACAUCAUUUGACACAAGUUUAACACUAAAAAGACUACAUGAUAGAGAUUGUUGGGCAGAAAUAUAAGCAUAAUGAGGUGAUACUGUGCAUUAUUGUUUAUGUUGCCAGGUCAACAUAAUAAUCAUGAACAUAAACUGAAUUAAGAUUUGUCCUGUUGACCAUCAUAAUUCAUACCCAUGUGUUGCUCUUCUGUUUAA